AUGGGAUCCGGAAAGAAGAACAAGCGUGGUGGAGCUCCCAAAGCCAAAGGAAGGCUCGCAGCAGGUCAGUUUGCCCGUCUACCUAAGCUCCUGAAUCGCACCAUAAUCUCCCCACCAACUGACCUCCCCCGAACCUUACACUUCUCCGCUCUCAGCAUUGUCAACGGCGCAGCAGGCCGCAGCACUAAAGGCGCGUCAAGCCCAAGCCGAAGCCAACAAGGAGGAGCUACUCAACAACAAGAAGAACAAGGAGGCCAACAAGCAGGCCAAGAAGAAGCGCCGCGUCGAGAGGCUGCUGAACGAAGUCGCCGAGGAGAAGCGCAAGGGCAAGGAGAGGGCCACCGAACUGCAACAACUGCUCGACGAAGAAGAGAUGUCAUCCGACGAGGAAGGGUCCAAAGCAGAAGGGACGAAGGAGAUCGUCGUCAAGACCGUGGCACCACCGAGGAAACGACGAGGAACCGUGCCGUACAAGCUCGGAGAGAGAAUCUUGCUCGUCGGCGAAGGUUCGUCGGUCCCCAUCGCUUUUCGGCUCUGCUGGACAAUGCACAUCGAUACUGACAGUAACGCCCGUAUACAGGUAACUUUUCCUUUGCUCAUGCUCUGCUCCUGGCCCAGCCCCCGAUCGUCACCCCCCAACUCCUGUAUGCGACGGCCUACGACUCGCAGCAAACUGCGCAGGAGAAGUACCCCGACCUGAUGGAACACGUCAACGCGAUCCGCAAGGCCGGCGCUACGGUCCUCUUUGGCGUCGAUGCGACGAAGCUGCAGGCAUGUAAGGAGCUCAAAGAGCACAAGGGCGCGUGGGAUCGGGUCGUCUUCAACUUCCCGCAUGUCGGUGCGUCCCUCGACUUCUCGGGAACUUGCGAGCCAUCGUUUUUUAUUUAUUUUCUUUCAUCUUACUGACUUACUUUAGCUCGUCGGAUAUCAUGAUAGGUCAAGGAAUCACUGACCAAGAUCGCAACGUCCGAGCAAAUCAAACGCUGGUCUUGGGAUUUUUCCGCUCUGUCGCGCCAUUACUCCGCGUCGGCACCUCCUCCAUCGCUGCCGCUGGCGCCAAGAAGGCGCAAACGAACAAAAAGGGAAAGCGAACUCGCCGCGACGAUUCCGAGGACGAAGCCCCACCCAUCGGGCACGGCGACGACGACUUUGAUUCCGACAUGGAGGUCGACUCGGCACAACUCGCCGACCCCGCUCUUCGGCCCCUCCCACCCCCACCUACGACGUCGGGGACGGUGCUCGUCACGCUCCGAACGGUCUCGCCGUAUUCGCUUUGGUCGGUACAACACCUCGGCACGCGAGGAUCGCUCUUGGCGCCGUCGAUCUUGCCGAAACCGUUGCCUAAGACGCCCCAGCCUGAUUAUCUGCUCGUGAGGUCGUUCGAGUUUGACCCCAAUGAUUGGCAAGGGUACGAGCAUCGAAGAACGGUCGGAUUCAAGGAGGGCGUCAGUUCGGAAAAGAACGACGACUUGCAAUUGACAGCGAGGGAGAGGGGCGAGAAGAGGAGGUGGGAGAAGGAACAGCAAGAGCGGAGGGAGAAGGAGGAGAGGGAUGCGAAUGCCGAGAUCAGGAAAGGGGGCAAGGCGCUGAUGAGGACCUGGGAGUUUGAGCUCAAAGACGUCGAUGGGCUCUACGACUAA